GCUUUCACCGGGGCAAGGUAAACCAGUGUUUGUGGCGGGCAGUGCAAGGAGGCUACGCUGAGAUCGUGGGCCUUUUGAUGAAGGCUAGUCCAGAUGAGGAUAUCGUGAGCGAAGCCCUUCGCUGGGCCUGUUUGCAUGGGUGUAAUGAGAUUGCCACGCUCCUGUUGCACGGAGGAGCAGCCAAAGACUUCCAACAGUUCUUGAAUGACAAAGUCAUCUGGUCAACUGUGCGCGACGGUCACGCGCCAGUGCUGCGCGCGCUUUUGGUGGCCAGGGCAGACAAAGACAAGGUCAGGAAUAGAUACACACUUCUGGGCUGGGCCUCACGCCGCGGUCAUGUGGAAAGUGUGCGCGUACUCCUGGAGGCCGGCGUUCAGAAGGAAAAAGCCAGCGAAGGGCACACGCCUCUUGGCUGGGCAUCGUUUGAAGGUCAUGCGGAAGUUGUGAAGCUACUACUGGAG